AUGAGUUCCCGGCAAUCGAGUUCAUUCCGCGAUAUAAGCGAAUUAAGCGAUGACUCAGAAGACUAUAUGGUUUGCAAUUACGUCGACAGAGGAGUAUUUGGUUUUUCGGACUCCAUGAUAUUCGGUAAAGACGUUAAACUUUUGGUAUCCACUGGCGCGACAAUUAAUUUUAUUAAAAAAUCGGCUUUGCGUGACAACGUAGUGUUUAAAAAUAAGGCCACGUUUACUGUCGUCGAUGUUUUUGGAUUCGAACUCCGUACACAAGGUUUGGUGGAAAUUUCUGUGAAAAUCGGUAGUCAACAUUAUCCGAUUGAAUUCCAUGUAUUGGGCGAAGGGUUUUCUAUUCCGGAAGCAGGCAUUUUGGGUUCACCAUUUUUGUCUAAAUUUCAAGUGGUCAUGAACAUUGCCCAGCAUAAAAUGAUUGUACUUAAACCAAGUAAAGUUCCGGCUUCAAAAAAUGAUUUCUCUAUGCUGACCAUUGGCCAACGGAACACUCCUCUUAAAACAUACUGCUGUUUUAAGACUAUUUAA